AUGUUGCCUGAGGAGACCACCUCUCAACGCGUAACGCAUGAUGAACUAUUGAUAGCGUGCCGAAAGCUACUGUUCUCUCUCACAGAGUGCCAACAAAGUAUACGCAAGAUAACAUCUUUUUGCGAGGAUAAAGCUGUCGCGGACAAUUCUGUUUCGCUGCCUUAUAGUGUAAGAUCGCAUAUCGACAAUCUCGUUGAACUAAAAAUAUGUGAAUAG